UUUGGCUAUUGCUGUGAAACGUCGAAAACAACCUGUAUUCGGGACUAUCUUGGGACCAACCUCGUACUAAGUUUACUAUCUCCAUAUUCGAUGUGAGUAUUGGCAAACCCAGUCCAUAUACGAGUGGUUUUGAAGAAAUAAUGUUUUAGAAUUCAAUAGUGAAUAAUAUUUUUGUUAGUGGAAAAUUGUGUGUGUGAAAAUUGGAUUUUCAUUUUCGUGCGUGGGUGGACAUUGACGUAAAAUGUGCAACAGAUAAUAAAUGACAUGGGGCCUGGCGAAUUUCUCACCCUGGUGAUAUCGAUAUGGCUUCUGCCACUAACAAAAGGAGGACCAAUAAGGCGAACGCGGGAGGUAGAGGCAGACCUGCCACAAUGCCUCACGUACAUUCUAAACUCUAAGUUACUCGUGGAUUGCUCGGACCGAGAGCUGACUGAACUGCCUGAAGAUCUUAAUUACGAAGCUAAGGUGCUGAUAAUGUCCAACAAUAAUUUCAUAUCGUUUCCACCACAACUGGAAAGAUUCACAGGGCUGGAAACUCUAGAUUUAUCGGCCAACCAUCUCAGCAGUCCAUUACCCAGCUAUUUCGGAAAUAUGAACAGCUUGAACACGCUCAACUUAUCAAACAAUAACUAUGGAGUCUGGGUCGACACCGGUCGCAUAUUCAGCAUUACAAGGCUAGAUUUAUCAAGGAACAAAAUAAACAACAUAGACGAAGCUGCUUUCUCCAGAAUGCCCCAGCUAAGAUUUCUGGACUUAACUGAAAACAGAAUCAAUGACCUACCACCACAAAUAUUUGCAAACACACAUUCUCUAGAAAUAAUUCAUUUGUGCAGAAAUUACUUCGCAACCCUACCUUCAUUUCAGACGAAUUCUCUGAAAACUUUGCAUCUCAAUAGCUGUCAGAUUUCAAACUUAGAAAAAGAUGCAUUGGCCGGAAUGUCCUCACUCGUGGAACUGCAUCUUUCCAUGAAUCAGAUAGAGUCAAUUCCAGAUAAUUUUGCAUCGAAUACUCUGCAAGAAUUGGAUUUGAGUUACAAUGACAUAUCUUCUAUCACUGACGACACCUUCGUAUCAUUACCGCAUUUGGCAGUAUUGAAUUUGAGGGGCAACGAUUUCAAGGAGGUUUGGUCCACUUCACACUUCGCCUCAAACCCGUUUUUGAGGGAGAUCCAAGUGAAAGGUAAUCGAUGGAGUUGUGAAGGUUUCCAUUUAAACCUCCUCUUGACUUAUGAGUUUUUAACAAGAGAUCCACCGAAGAUAAAAGACAGGGCGUCGCUGAUAUGCUAUUCGCCCGCUAACGUGACUCAGAUGAGUUGGCAGCAGGCGUAUAUUAGGACAUGGCAUCCAAAUGAGGUGUCUACAGUGUCGUACACGUCGUUUGCGGUGUUCAUAGGGAUUAUUAUAGGUGUAGUGGUGACGUCUUGUAUUUGUCGAGGACUUAUGGCAGCGAGUGGGUCUCGGACGCCGAGACAGACUGCUCAGACGACUGUUGUGAAUCUCAAUGGUACAGCGCAGCCUGCAGAGGAUGCCGUGGUACGGAGAGUUCCUUUGCGGGAGGAGGAUUUGCCUCCGAGCUACGAGGAUGCGUUGUUGAUGCCUCGACUGCGCAGCUCUUUCCACUCUCUGCCUGACUUUGUUGAGGAGGAGGAAGAAGAAGAGAGAACUCGCAUGUUCCGCAGGUCCAGGUCCAUUGGAGACCUCACUGAGUCGCGGCCCAGGACGCACGACAGACGGUCUACGAGGCGUACCCUUCAAAUACACGCUAAUGCCAAUUUAGACUUAUAAGUAAUUUA